CGCGCUUCUCUGCAUCGCAGUUAACUCGUUGCAAAACCACCUCGAUCAGCAGUGUCAUAAGCCAGAAUUCAGAAAUCUCGACUUUCGUAAGUACUCUAGGUAAGAAAUGGAGCACCAGGGGCAGCUACACGGCGCAACCAACAAGGUCGACGAGCACAGCGCAGGCGGCGUCGCCGGCGCCGGCAUGGGAACGCACGGAGGCGUGGGCACCGGCGGGCAGUUCCAGCCAAUGAAGGACGACCACAAGACCGACGGCGUGCUCCGUCGCUCCGGCAGCUCCAGCUCCAGCUCGUCUGAGGACGACGGCGUGGGCGGGAGGAGGAAGAAGGGGAUGAAGGAGAAGAUCAAGGAGAAGCUCCCCGGGGGCAACAAGCAGGCUGAUGAGCAGCAGACGGCAGGCGUCGGGCAGCAAGCAGGGCACACUACUGGAGUCACCGGCGGCACUGGCACUGCUGGAACGCACGGGGCGGAGGCCACCACCGGCGAGAAGAAGGGCGUGAUGGAGAAGAUCAAGGAGAAGCUUCCCGGGCAGCACUGAGCUAUGUAUGUAUAUCCUGAAAGCUCAUAUGUAUAAUGGGCUAGCUAAAUAAGCCGUCGCACGUAGCGCGACUAAGUGGGUGCGUGUUCUCUGCUGUUCGUGUGUGGAUAUGUGCGAGGGUUCUGCUUUUUCCUUGAGCAAUACCUUUGCGGUGUGGUGUGUAUGUAUGUUUUGUGAAUCUAAAUAUAUGUGUGUGUUUGUCAA